UGUGUUUACCCACGAGAAGAAGAUAUACAUAUAUAUCACACACAACACAAACACAGACACAGACACACACAGACACUCACUCACUAAAGCUGUCAUCUCUUUUGUUUUAACGCAAUCAUACACAGAACCAGACACCACUCCACCGUCCCCACUACCUUCUCUCUUUCUGCAACUCCCACUUUUUUUACUCGACUUUCACACAGCUGUUCAAACCCUCACUGUUUAUAUAAUAAUGCUGCAACUCUGAUCCUUCUUCUCUAUUCUUACUCUAUAUUUCACGCCCAUGGGGUUGAUUACAAUGACGAACUUUGUUGGUGUUGUUGUUCUGUUUCUGGGUUUUUGCCAUGUUUCAAUGGCGGAGGAGAAGAAGACUUACAUUGUUCACAUGGCGAAGCACGACAUGCCGACGAGUUUCGGAGAGGAUCACAGGCAGUGGUUCGAUGCGUCGCUUAAAUCGGUGUCGGAAUCGGCGGAGAUGAUCUACACUUAUGAGAAAGUCAUCCAUGGAUUCUCCACCAGGCUCAGUGUUCAAGAAGCUGAAUCUCUUGAAAACCUACCCGGGAUUCUCUCUGUUUUGCCGGAGUUGAAAUACGAGCUUCAUACAACACGGACGCCCGAGUUUCUAGGCCUCGAUCAAAACACUAAUUUGUUCCCACAGUCCGCCGGAGAUAGUGACGUUGUUAUUGGUGUUUUUGAUACCGGUGUUUGGCCGGAGAGCAAGAGCUUUGACGACACCGGAAUGGGUCCAGUCCCUAGCGCGUGGAACGGCGCGUGUGAAACUGGUACGAACUUCACUCUUUCUAACUGUAACCGGAAACUGAUCGGAGCGAGGUUUUUCGCGAAAGGAUACGAGGCGACUUUGGGCCCAAUCGAUGAAUCGAAAGAGAACAGAUCUCCUAGAGACGAUGAUGGCCAUGGAACCCACACUUCAACCACCACCGGUGGAUCGGUUGUUACCGGAGCGAAUUUACUCGGAUACGCCUCUGGGUCAGCCCGUGGGAUGGCGCCGCGAGCUAGGGUGGCGGUUUACAAAGUUUGCUGGGUCGGUGGCUGUUUCAGCUCCGAUAUAUUAGCAGCUAUGGAGAAGGCAAUCACCGACAACGUUAAUGUCAUGUCUAUGUCACUCGGCGGUGGUACGGCUGACUAUUACCGUGACAGCGUGGCGAUUGGAGCCUUCGCCGCCAUGGAAAAGGGUAUCUUGAUAUCUUGCUCCGCCGGUAAUGCCGGACCCACUCCCUACAGUUUAUCAAACGUGUCGCCGUGGAUAACAACCGUCGGUGCUGGGACGUUAGACCGUGAUUUCCCGGCGUAUGUUAGUCUAGGAAACGGGAAAAACUUCUCCGGCGUAUCGUUGUACAAAGGUCCAUCACUACCGAAUAAGAUGCUGCCGAUUGUCUACGCCGGAAACGCUAGUAAUUCGACGAGUGGUGCUCUGUGUAUGCCGGGGACGUUGAUACCGGAGAUGGUGAAGGGUAAACUCGUACUUUGCGAUAGAGGGGUUAAUGCUAGAGUUCAAAAGGGCUCAGUUGUGAAAGAAGCUGGUGGCGCCGGUAUGGUUUUGACAAACACCGCCGCUAAUGGUGAAGAACUGGUGGCCGACGCCCAUUUAUUGCCAGCCACCACCGUGGGUCAAAAAGCCGGUGACGAGAUACGGAAGUAUGUGAUUUCUGAUUCAUCCCCAACGGCGACAAUCCUAUUUGAAGGGACAAAACUUGGGAUCGAACCGUCGCCGGUGGUGGCGUCAUUCAGUUCCCGGGGACCCAACACCAUCACGCCGGAGAUUCUAAAACCAGACAUUUUGGCGCCAGGUGUCAACAUCUUAGCAGGGUGGUCAGGAGCAGUUGGACCCACCGGAUUGCCGGACGACUCUCGGCGCGUGGAGUUCAACAUCAUAUCCGGCACGUCGAUGUCUUGCCCCCAUGUAAGCGGACUUGCGGCGUUGCUGAAGGCGGCGCAUCCAAAUUGGAGUCCGGCAGCUAUUAAGUCCGCCCUAAUGACUACCGCGUACACAGCCUACAAAAACGGGAAAAUAAUCGAAGACCUCGCCACCGGCAACCCUUCAACUCCGUUUGACCAUGGCGCAGGUCAUGUUGACCCUGUAUCCGCCCUCAACCCAGGGCUGGUUUACGACAUCUCCGCCGAUGACUAUUUUGAUUUUCUCUGUGCAUUGAAUUACACGGCGGCGCAGAUUCAAGUGGUAACGAAGAGAACCACUGGUUGCGACUCUACAAAAAAAUACAGCGUCGGUGAUCUUAACUACCCUUCAUUCGCGGUGGUUGUUCCAUCGGGUUCAAGUAGCAAAAGUGGCGGCGCCACCGUGGUUAAGCAAACAAGAACUUUAACUAACGUUGGCGGUGAAUCAUCAACCUACAAAGUCUCCACGUUUUCCGAUAACAAAUCGGUGCAAAUAUCGGUGGUUCCUCAAACGUUAAGUUUUUCUCAAGUGAAUGAGAAGAAAUCAUACACAGUGACAUUCACGGCGGCGGCGAUGCCGGUGAACUCAAAUGCUUUUGGCCGGAUUGAGUGGUCGGACGGGAAACGAGUCGUCGGAAGUACGGUGGCCGUUAGUUGGUAAUGGAUUGAAAUUUAAUGUCUUUUAGCAAGUUGUUCACGACACUCCCAAAAGGUGAGUGGGUUGGUGGUUGAUCAUAAAUUUCAACUUUUUUUUUUUUUUUUUUUGUGUUUUUAAUUUAAUAAUUAUUAUAAUUAUAAUGUUGAUUUAAGGUUGUUUAAUUAGGGGAUUAGAUUUCAAUGGUGUUUUAUGGGGUAGAAAACAUGAAGAUUGUGUACUUUAUAAAGUGUGGAAUGUUUUCUUCCUUAUUGUCCAUCUUUUAUGACUCGAUAGUAUACAAACUUUCGAUUUGAAAACUUCAA